GUGCUUGGGGAAACUUCGGUUCGGUAUAUCCGAGGAGUAUCUCCCUCUUUAUCCCUUUGUCCAAUUUUAAUUUUUUCUCCGCUUUAAAAAUCCAUCACCAAAAAAUCUCAUGAGUCUCAUCUUCAUCUUCAGAUUCUCUGGAUCAAAUUUCUUCUUCUUCCAUGGCUCAUACCACUAACCUCAAUCACAUUCUCCUCCUCCACCAUAACAAUCUCUUCUCUUCAUAUCCACCUCCAACCACUUCUACCUCCUCCUCCUCCUCUGCUAAACCGCUUAGUUUCAAACCACCACCACCACCGCCACCGCCAUUACAUUCUCUUUUUCUUCCUUCUUAUUCUUCUAGAGUAACUAAAUGUGGUGUGACAACAGUACCAGUAGCAUACUCAUCGCCAUUACCAGAUUCUGAUUUCGCUAAAGAAAUUUCAAGAUUGAAAUUACUGAUUUCUAAAUUAUCCAGUACUUCUGAAAACCCUAAAUUGAAGCUAGAAAUACUGAAUAGGGAUUAUAGAGUCAAAGAAUUUUUGAAGAAAAGUCAAUUGGUUAGGGUUUUGAAUCAAUUUGAGGUUCAUGACGUUGUUUCGAUUUUGAGUUUAGUUGCUUGUGGUCAACAACAUGUACUUAGUAGUCAGGAGUUUGAUUUUGUGGAAGGGAAGAAGAAUAAGAAGAAGAGAAGUUCAUUGAGAAGUGUGUUGUUUGGAUUAGCUGAAAUGGUUGAGAAUUGGGAUAUUCAUGGCGGUGGUGCUGGUGGAGCUGGUGGUAGGGAAUUGAAUGGAUGGAAACACGAGGGAGUUGCGAAAGAUGGGAUUGUAGAGCCAUUGAAGGAGCUUUUGAGGAGCUUGAAAGAGAUUGAUCAGUUUUAUAAUUGCAUUGGUGGCAUCAUCGGCUAUCAGGUUAUGGUAUUAGAGCUUCUUUCGGCAUCUACAUGUGAAACCAAAAAACAAAAUUGGUCUUCUCAUCCCGAUGAGUCAAUGAAGCGUCAGAUUUUAGAAAUUCAUGUUCCAUCUGGAUUAGAUCUUUCCAAAGAUACGGAAUACGCUUCACAAGCAGCUCUUUGGGGAAUCGAGGGUCUGCCGGAACUAGGUGAAAUUUAUCCUUUGGGUGGAGCAGGUGACAGGCUUGGAUUGGUUGACCCUCAUACAGGCGAAUGUCUUCCUACAGCAAUGCUCUCUUAUUGUGGACGGACAUUAUUGGAAGGUCUUAUAAGAGACCUACAGGCUAGGGAAUUUCUCUACUACAAGAUAUAUGGCAAGCAAUCUAUUACCCCUGUAGCAAUAAUGACAAGUUCAGCAAAGAACAAUCAUGAGCGCAUAACCUCAUUAUGUGAAAGACUCGGGUGGUUUGGAAGAGGGCAAUCAAGUUUUCAACUUUUUGAGCAGCCUCUUGUUCCAGCUGUUAGUGCGAAAGAUGGCCAGUGGCUUGUUAGUAAACCUUUUGCACCAGUUUGCAAACCUGGCGGCCACGGUGUGAUAUGGAAGCUUGCAUAUGACAAAGGCAUAUUUAAGUGGUUCUCUGGUCAUGGAAGAAAAGGUGCAACUGUACGCCAAGUCAGUAAUGUUGUGGCUGGUACAGAUUUGACUCUUUUAGCAUUGGCAGGGAUGGGACUCCGCCAUGGAAAGAAACUAGGGUUCGCAUCAUGUGACCGGAAGUCUGGUGCUACGGAAGGAAUUAAUGUUCUCGUUGAAAAAAAGAAUGCUGAUGGAAAGUGGGCGUACGGUUUAUCAUGUAUUGAGUACACUGAAUUCGAAAAGUUUGGAAUCACAGAAAAAACUACUGCUCCAGGCAGCUUGCAGGCAGAGUUUCCAGCAAACACAAACAUUUUGUAUGUUGAUUUAGCUUCUGCGGAAAGAGUUGGUUCAAGUAAAAGUUCUGCUUGUCUACCUGGAAUGGUAUUAAACCUUAAAAAGAAUAUUGUGUACACGGAUCAUCUUGGGCUUCAACACAGUGUUCCUGGUGGCAGACUUGAAUGCACAAUGCAAAACAUUGCAGAUAAUUUUAUGAAUAGAUAUUCAGCUCGAAAUUAUACAGAUAUAGAAGACGAGCUGGAUACAUUUAUUGUGUACAAUGAAAGAAAAAGGGUUACGUCGUCUGCUAAGAAGAAAAGAAAGCAUACAGAUAAAUCUAUGCGUCAGACUCCAGAUGGAUCGCUGUUGGAUGUCCUACGCAAUGCAGCCGACAUUUUGUCCCAAUGUGAUAUAAAAGUUCCCAAGAUUAAAGAAAAUGUAAAAUACUUCGAUUCUGGACCACCGUUCUUGAUUUUCCUACAUCCUGCUUUAGGCCCACUUUGGGAGGUCACUAGGCAAAAGUUCCAAAGAGGUGCCAUAGCUGAAGGUUCUGAGUUACAGAUUGAGGUUGCAGAAUUUUCAUGGCGAAAUGUUGAGCUCGACGGAAGCUUGACUGUUACUGCCGAAAAUGCUAUGGGAUCUUUGAGGACAGAUGAAACUGAUGAGUCCAUACUACAGUAUGGAUACAGGUGUGGAAAGUGUAAAUUAGAGAAUGUUAAGGUCAUCAAUAGAGGGAUCAACUGGAAUCAUCCUGAGAAUAUUUAUUGGAAACAUGAUGUUCAGAGAUUCGAAGCUGUUCAGAUCAUGCUGCACGGAAAUGCUGAAUUUGAGGCAUCUGAUGUAGUCUUAGAGGGAAAUCAUGUAUUUGAAGUUCCAGAUGGCUACAAAAUGCUGGUUACAACAGGAAAGAAAGGUCUAUCUGUUAAGUUGGAAACUAUACAGCAGGAAAUGAUGGAUAGUGGAAGCUGGUAUUGGAAGUAUAAGUUAGAUGGCACACAUAUUCAUCUGGAAAUGGUGGAAUUGUAGAAUAUUAAUCUCAACCUUCAACAGCGAACUCUGUGAACCAUGGUUCACACACCGAUGAAUCCCGGUUUCAAGUUGUAGGGCGUUUCAUUCUUUUCGUUGAACAGAAGUUCAACCUUCAGUGUAUAAAAUUGUUGUAGUUGUGUAGUAUAUAUGCCUCGAGGAUCCUACCACUUAGUUAAGGAACCUUCUUGUUAAAAUUUGUACGAGUUUAGUUGAUAAGUAAUACAAGUAUAUAUAUUUUCUACUUCA